AUGGGAGUGAUUGAUUUGAUCAAUAGGGUUGAUUCCAUCUGUAAGAAGUACGAGAAGUAUGAUAUCGAUAAACAGAGAGAAGCAAAUGUCUCCGGCGACGAUGCUUUCUCUCGCCUCUACUCCGCCGUCGAAUCUGCGCUCGAGACUGUUCUCCAGGAAACGGCGGAUUUGUCGUCUGAGACGAAUAGAGCGAAAUCUGUGGCUAUGAAUGCUGAGAUUCGGAGAACGAAAGCUCGUUUGCUCGAAGGGAUUCCGAAACUUCAAAGGCUUGCUCUCAAAAAGGUCAAAGGGGUUUCAGAGGAAGAGGUUGAAGCUAGAAAUGAUUUGGUUUUGGCACUGAGAGAUAGGAUUGAGGCCAUACCUGAAGGAUCUGCUCCUGUAAGUAGUGGUUGGGCAGCUUCAACAUCAGAUUCGAUACUAAUCUCUCAGGAUAAAGGAUUGGAUUUCAUAGCUGAAGGGUUGGAUACACUCAAGAAUAUGGUUCAAGACAUCAAUGAGGAACUGGAUAGGCAAGAACCACUCAUGGAUGAAAUAGAUACAAAGAUUGAUAAGGCAGCUACUGACUUGAAAAGCACCAAUGUGAGGCUCAAGGAUACUGUAACAAAGCUGAGAUCAAGCCGAAACUUCUGCAUAGACAUCAUCCUCUUAUGCAUUGUCCUGGGAAUCGCUGCCUUCAUUUACAACUCGGUGAAGUGA